UCGACGCGGUCGUUUCGUCCUUUCGGUUGGUGUUCCAUUAGUGGGGCGUUGUGGUGUUCUUUUUUCUUCUUUACUAGCUGCUUCCUUGGAUUAUCAGUGCGCCAUCGGAUUGGCGGGUUGCAGUAGAUACAACUUUCGAGCGGAUUCUCUGUGGGAACGGUGAGAGUGGAAAGAAGAUUCACAGGCAGCAACGGUCCACCAUGAAGCCCCGUCCGGGCGUCUCUCGAGCGGAUAGUGCAUCAAUAAAAUCGGUCAGCUCGGAGGACGUGAGUACGGCUAACGCCAAAUGGCACGGCAAGGGAUGCUGCAGUGCCGAGGCUAAGAAUCCGGCAUUCAAACGCGGUCGCCAGAUUCAGUUGAUGCAGAUGAUCAUCCUUCCGUUCAUUCCGAUCCUGGCACUGAUUGUACAGACAUCGUACGAGAUGAUUGACAUUGUUAGCUACCGGAUGGAGGCGACCGAGAUCGAAGGACAAGUCACGAUGGCAACGGGCCUAGGCAAAGUGGUUACUAGAUUGCAGCAGGAACGUUCGGAUGUGGCAUUCUUUAUCUACACGAACGGGAGCAUGCUGCGAAGGAACUUGACCAGGGGGUUUCUUGAGACAGAUAGAGCAUUGGAGAAUAUGUCCUCCUGGCCGGAUAUGAUGAUAGCUACACUGAACGACGGGAAAGUAACCUGGCUGAAUAUGAGCGAGUUUCGGGAGGAACUGGAGGAAUUUCGGGAUAAUAUAUGCUCGGAGAAUAGUACGGUUCGUGAUGUGCUGCAUUGGUACACGACGGUGAACGGAGCUCUGCUGGAACAUUUGACCAACCAGAUCAAGGAUGCUAACAAAAGUGGGGUCUGGCGCUUUUUGUUGAGCUUCAAGAAUCUACUGAAAAGUAUCGAAAGUUUGGACAUUUCGUCGGUGUACGGAAUAAAUUACUACGGAAGAGGUUUCCUCAAGACAGAACCGUACGUUCUGUACGUCCAGCAUGACAUUGUGGGUAAAGAACUGCUGAACGGUUCGUUGAACUACAUUCCAAAGCUAAAAGCGAUGUACAAAAAUCUCACUCGUGGAAUGCGAAACUAUGGGAAAAUUAAACAGUGGAGUGCUACGAUUCGGAUGAAUGCUCAAAUACCAGCGAAUGUGACGACAGCGCGCGCCUACUACGAAGCCAUGGCCUCCUACAUUGACGAGCUAAGAAAGCUACAGGACAGAGUCAGAUGGAUCAUCAGAGAGGAGGUGCAGAAAGUGCUGCAGAAGGCGGACCGCAUGGAAACAUUCGGAAUCGCCAUCCUCAUCGUGGUGCUGAUUGUGUCCCCUAUAAUCAUCAUUUUGGUUCGCAAUGCGGUAGCCACCAUUCAAUUGUACGCGGUGAACCUAGCCUAUAAGGCAAGAGAGUUGAAACGGGAAAAACGCAAAUCCGACUCGCUGCUGUUUCAAAUGCUCCCGGCAACGGUGGCCACCCAGUUGAAGCAGGCUCAAACCGUCCCUGCCGAGUACUACUCGGCGGUGACAAUAUUUUUCAGCGAUAUUGUCGGAUUCACGGAGAUUGCCGCCGAGUGCACACCGUUGGAGGUGGUUUCGUUCUUGAACUCCAUCUACCGGAUGUUUGACGAGCGCAUUGAGUGCUACGACGUGUAUAAAAUUGAGACCAUCGGGGACUCGUACAUGGUGGCAUCGGGACUUCCGGUGAAAAAUGGUGGCAACAAGCAUGUAUCGGAAAUCGCUACCAUGGCACUGGAUUUACUCGAUGCUGCUGGAUGUUUUAGCAUUCCACAUAAUGCUAACGAACCCGUUCAGAUACGGGUAGGAAUCCACACCGGGCCAGUGGUGGCCGGCAUCGUUGGAACUAAGAUGCCUCGGUACUGCCUUUUCGGAGACACAGUCAACACCGCCUCCCGUAUGGAAUCUACUGGAGAAGGUUAG